GUAUUGACAAGUUGCAGUUUGAUAAAAUUGCAUGCGGACAGCAGAUGGUAAUUAUUCGGAUGAAAAUCAUCAAUUUUUUCUUAAAGUUUGAUUGUUACUUCUUCUAUCUCUGAAAACUGUGAGAAGUGAAAGCUCCGGGCUAGGCAACAUAUUUUUCCCAGCUGUACCGCUACUUUGCCUACUUCAACUUUGAGAUAAGAAUAAACAAGUUAUGACAAAAAAUUUUGUAUGUGGUACUUGGUACAUUCGCAGGUGAUAAAAAUAAAAUUAUCCGACUCGUUCUGGAUCUAGAAAUUAAAGUGUUUUUAAUUUGCCCCUUCUUGUGUUCUUGAUGACGAUGAGUAGAUGUCAGUUCACCUUUUUAUACCAAUUCUUUGGUCCAACAUUCCUGAAUUAUGAGUAUUGCUGGUAAACCAGAUAGUUUGUCCAAAGUUCAUCACUUCAAAAUCCCCAAGAGAACAGAAGGUGAUGGAAUGGAAAAAGAAGAGCUUAAUAAAUUGGAUAACACCAAAGAAGAAAGUGUCCCUCUCAGGGAUCAGCUUAUCUAUAGACCAGUUGAUCUUCGAGAAUGCUCGGUACCUCCUACACCUGUAACUGGUAAAAUUAUAAAUUUAGUACCGAAAGUUACAGUCAACAGCAGGAAAAAUUCAUCUUUCAAUGUGAAAUUCUCGAAAGAACCUAAGUUCGUUCCUUAUGAACCGUAUAAAGCAGCUACAAAUCCAAUAGUGGAGAAUAAAACAAUUAAACAUAAGGUCAUAAAAAUGGUAAAUGAGGCGAAUAGCAACGUAGAAGACUUAAUGAAGCUCAAAAAAGUACAUAUUUCUGACGUUACAUCGACGCAGUCGUCAUCUAAUACGAUUCCGGAGACUUCGAAAGAAAAAUUAGAAUGGGAAGAAGAAAAAAAAGUUUUGUUGGGGGAAAUGAGUAGAUUGAAGGCAGAUAAUUUGGAUUUGGAAAAUCAAAUAAAGUUUCAAGCUCAGGUAAAUGCUGAAGUUAAAAAACUACUUGUUGCUGCUGUUGGAGAAGAUAUUGAAACAAGAGUACAAUCGCUUACGGAAGAUAAGUUACAUUUAGCCAAACAAUUGCUCAAAACUGCCAAAACAUUGUCCACUCAUCAAGAGCAGAUAGAAUGGUUGGCUGGGCAAGGUGAAGUUUGGAGGAGUAAAUUUCUUGCAAGCAGCAUGCUGGUGGAAGAUUUAGCUCGAUGGAAAGCUGGACUGUGCCAGAAAGUUUCUGAUUAUCAAAAUGCGUUACAACUUUUAAUGAAGGACCGUGAUGUGGUUCGGCAAGAUGUUUUCAAUACCUUCGUAAAUCUAAGUACGUUGCAAGAAAAGUUCAAUUUGAAUGUAAUGCCGCAAGAAAGUAAUCAACGUCAGUUUAUUUCAUCAAAUAUUGUCGAACUGUGUGCUUCCAAUCGUCACCUUUCCGAUUUAUUAAUGGCUCAACUAUUGCAUGAAGAUGUUUCUCAAAAGAAACAAUAUGAAUUGGAUCCUGUAGAUUGCCUUACUUCGGCUGAAAAGAACGCCGAGCAAGUUCUGAUGCAACCUAUGAUUUCUCUGGAACAUAAUGAUUCAGCUUGUACCGCUGUUAUGACUGGAGCUGCGCUAGCUUUAUCAUCCUCAGCUCCUCAUUGCAAUCAUUGCAAUGGGGUAGUAAAAACUAUCUGAACUCAUUUUAAAAUAAAAAUUCACUUGGUGCUGUGAAAUUCAAUUUCGAGUGAUAAUUUUUCAGUUACGUUGAUAAGGUGAUUCAUAUUUUUGUUUUAUAAUCGUAUAUUGGAUGCAACCAACUUUUUCAAUUCGUGAGUUUAAUAUCAAUGCAUUUUUAAAAUGAUUUUUACAUAUUAUUAUCUUCAUACUAUGAGUGCAUGUAGCCUAUAUAUUUUGUAUUACUAUUUUAUCGACUGGUUCAUGUUUUUAUUUUAAUAAAAUUCGUAACUUUAA